AGGCUUCUAGUAGACCGAGGUGUGGAUUGAGGUGACCCUGGCCUCUUACUUCCGGUUCUUAGGGAUGCGUAUCCGGGUUACACUAGCGCCGCGGUUUCCUCUGCUCGCUAGAUUCUGCUGUGGGUGUCGACCGGUCCCAUGUCCUGCUGUGGGGCUUCUGUACCCUUUGGACUGUGAAGACUUCUGAGAGAGAUUUGCAAUUCAGUCACAUAAGCAUAAUAAAGACCUAUUGGGCCUCAUGGAAGAAGAACAAGAUUUACCAGAGCAACCAGUGAAAAAAGCCAAGAUGCAGGAGUCAGGAGAGCAAACUUUAAGUCAAGUAAGCAAUGCGGAUGUCAAUGAACAGAAACCUGAAACAUCAAGCCUUGCUUCAAACCUUACCAUGUCAGAAGAAAUUAUGACGUGCACCGAUUACGUCCCUCGCUCAUCUAAUGAUUAUACCUCACAAAUGUAUUCUGCAAAACCUUAUGCACAUAUCCUUUCAGUUCCUGUUUCUGAAACUGCGUACCCUGGGCAGACUCAAUACCAGACACUACAGCAGUCUCAACCCUAUGCUGUCUACCCUCAGGCAACCCAAACAUAUGGACUACCUCCUUUUGGUGCAUUGUGGCCAGGUAUGAAACCUGAAAGUGGUUUAAUUCAGACUCCAUCUCCAAGUCAACACAGUGUUCUUACCUGCACGACAGGGUUAACCACAAGCCAGCCAAGCCCAGCACAUUAUUCUUAUCCCAUUCAAGCUUCAAGCACAAAUGCCAGCCUGAUAUCCACUUCAUCUACAAUUGCCAAUAUUCCAGCAGCAGCAGUUGCCAGCAUUUCAAACCAGGACUAUCCCACCUAUACUAUUCUUGGUCAGAAUCAGUACCAGGCCUGCUAUCCCAGCUCCAGCUUUGGAGUGACAGGCCAGACUAACAGUGAUGCCGAGAGUUCCACAUUAGCAGCAACCACCUAUCAGUCUGAGAAGCCUAGUGUCAUGGUACCUGCACCUGCAGCACAGAGACUUUCCUCUGGAGACCCUUCUACAGGCUCAUCUGUGUCCCAGACUACACCAAGUAAAGACACUGAUGAUCAGUCCAGGAAAAACAUGACUGGCAAGAACCGGGGCAAAAGGAAAGCUGAUGCCAGUUCUUCCCAGGACAGUGAAUUAGAACGGGUAUUUCUGUGGGACUUGGAUGAAACGAUCAUCAUUUUCCACUCUCUUCUUACUGGAUCCUAUGCCCAGAAGUAUGGAAAGGACCCAACAGUAGUGAUUGGCUCAGGUUUAACAAUGGAAGAAAUGAUUUUUGAAGUGGCUGAUACACAUCUAUUUUUCAAUGAUUUAGAGGAGUGUGACCAGGUGCAUGUGGAAGAUGUGGCUUCUGAUGAUAAUGGCCAAGACUUGAGCAACUAUAGUUUCUCGACAGAUGGUUUCAGUGGCUCAGGAGGCAGUGGCAGCCAUGGUUCCUCUGUGGGUGUCCAAGGAGGUGUAGACUGGAUGAGGAAACUGGCUUUCCGUUACCGAAAAGUGAGAGAAAUCUAUGAUAAGCAUAAAAGCAAUGUGGGUGGCCUCCUCAGUCCCCAAAGAAAGGAAGCACUGCAAAGAUUAAGAGCAGAAAUUGAAGUUUUAACAGAUUCCUGGUUAGGAACUGCACUAAAGUCCUUACUCCUCAUCCAGUCCAGAAAGAAUUGUGUGAAUGUUCUGAUCACCACCACCCAGCUGGUUCCAGCCCUGGCCAAGGUUCUCCUAUAUGGACUAGGAGAAAUAUUUCCUAUUGAAAACAUCUACAGUGCUACCAAAAUUGGUAAGGAGAGCUGCUUUGAGAGAAUUGUGUCAAGGUUUGGAAAGAAAGUCACAUAUGUAGUGAUUGGAGAUGGACGAGAUGAAGAAAUUGCAGCCAAACAGCACAACAUGCCUUUCUGGAGGAUCACAAACCAUGGAGACCUAGUGUCCCUUCACCAGGCUUUGGAGCUUGAUUUUCUCUAAGAACUGGAAUAAGGAGCCUUCCCUGUGAACUUUUCACUCCCGAAGGGAGCUGGAGACUGGAAUCAACUGGGAUCUCUCUCUUUCUGUCUCUUUCUCUCUGUCUGUCUUUCUCCCUCCAUCGAAUGCUGGCGAGAACACAAUCAGAACCAAGUGCUGCAAGUUUUCGUACGAGUGCAGCCCCCGUGUUUAUCCUCGUACAGAGCAGGAGACAGCUGGAUAGAGAGAACAGUAGACUCACUGCAGCUACAGUGCUUUUAAUUCUGUGUUUUGUUUUGUUUCAAAAAAUGAAGAAAAAGUAAAGGAAAUUUGAGGGGCAGAGUUGUCCUUUUACUUAGUCCAUGACCAGAUUGAGAACUGCUAUUAACUUGUGGUGAUAGGAUAAAUGCAACAGAUUUUAUAAUGACAUCUCUUGCAGUCUAGAAUCUCCAUAGCUGUAGAACGUAUUUCCAGGUGAAUGUGUGUGUUAUUUUUAUAGGUUAAGGAUCUGGCCUCUGAAGCAGGUCCCACACCCCUACCCCCUGCUUUUUCUAGUAAGAAAGAGGACAUAUAAAGUUUUUUUGAAAAUAGUAAUUGAAAUAUCUAAAAUACCUCACUGUGGCAGUAGCACCUCUUCAGCUGCUCCAGUGGUCUGCUCUGUAACAUGACUCCUUUCCUGUUCUUCCAUCUCCUAGUAUGCCAAACUAUGGGGGUACCAGAUACUGAGCAACCUUGAACUUUGGCAUUGCCCAUCCUUAGAAGUCCUAGUCUCCGUUCUGAUCCUUCUGCCCCUUUAGCCAAAUGGUACAAUGAUAGAAACUCCUUCUCUAAAACAGUAAAUUCUAAGCCUUCAGCUUAACUCAUAUUUAAAAAGACUGUGUCAUUCAAACUGGAGAGAAAGGACUAAGGCUUCUUAAGAAUUUCACCACCUUUUAGCUCUUGAGACAAGAAGGUUCCACUUAUAGCAAGCACCCUUUGCCCACCAGAUGGCUCAGCGCCACAGCCUCUUGCUUCUUAGUCAGGCUCACAUUCACCUGCAGGCAGCUCUGGCCAGUCCCCUGGGUAUCAUACCCAAGAAGUCAAAUCAAGUCUGAAAACAGACUUCUAACUACAUAUUGGCCAAAAUUACCAAUGUGUUUGACUUUCUUUAAGGGCGCCCUUAAGCCACAUGAAGGGUGCCCUAGGUAUAUAUUCACACAGAUCUUUGUCUGAAACUAAAGAGAAGUUUGCUGUAAUUAAAACCCGAUUUCCCAUGGAACACCUCGCUUCUCAAAACCAGAAAGCCAAAAAGACUUUCCUAAUUAAAUGAGAGUGCUGGAUCCCCUGCUUCAUGCCUGAAAACCUAAUCCUGGGCCAAAUGCAGGAACAUCUCAACUGGGCCCAUGGGCAGAUUGGUGGGUGCCCAGGCACUAGUCACAGCCUUCCAGUCCAGUGUUUGUGGGGUACCCCAUCCCUCCAAGACCAACCUGGGCAUCUGCUCAGGCAGGAUAAACUUCCCUAGAGCUGAGGAAGUUCCACCUCCCAGGCUACACAGAGAACGAUGCCAGCUUGGUCCUCAGAAGGAGGCAUUCUUGAACAAGUCCAGCCAUGAUCACUUGUGCCCAAAGAUUCUGCUUAUCCAUUUCCAGAGAUGUUGCAGCACAAAGAGGCAAGACUUCCAAUACCAGGUUACCCAGAUUGCAACAGAGAGGCUGGUAUACACAUUCCUUCAGAACUCAUUGAAAACUGCUUCAGGACUCACAAUGUUAGGGAGUACGGUUUUGGAGAGUAGUUGAAGUCAGUGCUCCGUUACUUGGCUGCCUCUUUGGCCUUGCUUCCUGUGGAGUGAGGGGAGUAGGGAGAGUCUGAGGCAGACCUCCCCUUGGUCUGUAUUCAGCAUAGUUGUCCAGAUGCUGCUUUGCCUUGCUUGAUGGCUGAUCUCAGGCAUCUCUAGGUUUUGCUUGCAGGCCUCAAACCCUCCUUCUCCCUAUUGCCAAUACAGUUGUUGGUUUCUUGUCCUGAAACAAAGGCCACCCUGUUGGCGCUGUGCUUCAGGUUUGUGAGGCUGUGGAGUGAUAACUACAUGUAAGUAUGCAGACACUUCCUUCACCCUACCCUGUGGGAGCUCCUUCUUAGAGUAGGACCUGGACUCUUUUUCAAUGGGCUAUUUCCUCUUUCCCUGACUUCCCAGCUUAACUCAUUCAGAAAGGAACUUGGCCAAGAGAGGUAAGGAGGCUUUCUGAGCAGAGCAGUCUGCUGUUUUCUGGUUGCUACUGCCCUCAUUUGGAGGGCAGACAGUAAAUAGGAGCUUCUUGGCUCAUCUUUGCCAAAGGGAAUUGUCCAGGAAACACAGUGUUCUUCUUACCCCAUUUUUCCUCCUCUCCAUUACAAAAAUCUGGAAAGGAAGGGAGUGAGUAGCAUCAAGAGCUGUUGGAAGCCAAGGGCCAAAGGAUACUGUACUCCUUUUGCUCUUUUCUAGAAAGAUCCCCAUGAAAUUAGCCAGUGAUGAGUCCUUCCCCAGCUGGGCACCUGGGUUCUCUAAGAUGGGUCUGCACAUUUCAUGGUGGGGGCUGUUCCACCAGUGGAUCUGGAGUCGUCAGGUGUGUCCUGGGUUCAAGAGGAGGCUUGACUUUCGAAUGUAAAACUGACUGUGCCUUAGCAUCACCCUGUCCCCUGCCCCGGGGCAGCUGAUAGUAUCCAGGAGGAUGGACACCUACUCCAUAUUUAGAUGCCUAUUUGGGCUUUUGUUUGAUUUGGGGUGUUCCUGUCUUCUGCUCUGCAGGUUGUGGGGGCAGGGUGGUGCAAAGCUAGUGUCCCAAGAGACUCAUGCCACAGCUUGUUCGCAGUUUACACAAACUCAGCUUUAAAGCUCCAAUAGACCUGAUUGGCAAACUCCAGCUGUAGCAUAUGGAACUUCUAGAUGUCCACUACCUUGAAUGGGUGUCAGUGCCACUGAGCCAGCGGGGAGAAGGGUACAGGGGCAGAGUCACAUCUCCCUCUUUCUUGAGAGAGUGAUGGUCCCAGCCAAGGAGUGGUGAGCGUCUGUCUUCUCACUGCUCACUCCUCAAGGGGGCAGUCAGGACCCAUCUCAAGCAAGCUUCUGUUUCUUACCACUAUAUUGGUUUCCUUUUUCAUCCAAAAGUUAGAACUCCCCAGAUACUAAAGAAGCCAAGUCUGAAUUCUGAGAUUCUAAAAUAUCUUAAACCACAAAAGAGAAAAUCUAGUUCUGUUCCAGCCCCAGUCAGCAGGCCGUCUGUCCCUUUCUCACUGAGUCCUCUCCAGAAUGCAAGGCUCCUUGGCUAUUCCUGAUGCACUGACGGGAGCCAUCCCCUUACAGACGACUUCUCAAAACACGACUCCCUCUGGACUUAAGAUGCCUCUUUUAGCAGGAAAAGGCAUUGAUUGGAUUAGAUAUAUUUAUGUGACUGCGGGCAUUCGUGGCUGUAGAAUCCUUGACCAUAAUGUUAUAUGUAAUGGGAACUGUCUUAGAAACUUGAAAAAAAUAAAGUUUUUAUUUUCUAUA